AUGACAAUAAAAAAAAUGAAUUGGUUUCCAAGGCAAGAUAUCAUAGAAUGUACAUGUCGUCCAGCUUUUGGUUUAACAUUUGGUAACACUUUUUAUGUGGCGCCAAAUAGAAUCGACUUCUCGACAGUUUUCCUACGAUUUGAUAUAACUAAUCAAGGUCCUGUGAUCGGGACUCUUAUAACGAUAUUACUGAUUUACGUACUGCUUCUUAUCUGGGCGAGACAUCAAGACAAGAGAGAUAUUGUAAAGUGGGGAGUUACACCAUUAAUUGACAACUUCGUGGACGACACAUAUUAUUACCUAGUAACAGUUUAUACAGGAAUGAGACGAGGGGCAGGUACUAAGUCAAGGAUAGGAUUUAUAAUUCACGGACAAGAUGGAGAUACAGGAAUACGGGAAUUGGCUGAUGGCGUCAGAACGAACAUACCGGCUGCAAGUGUUGUACAUUUCUUAAUGUCAACGCCAUAUCCGCUAGGAGACUUAAGCUAUGUUUACAUAUGGCAUGACAACUCCGGUGUCGGCAAAUCUUCAUCGUGGUAUUUAACCCGUGUUGAUGUCGAGGACUUACAAACGAGGGAAAGGUUUGUUUUCCUAUGUGGUAAAUGGCUAAGUUUAGAUACAUUUGAUAGCAGUGUAGAUGCCGUCUUACCAGUUUGCGGAAAAGAAAAUGUCACCACUUUCUCAAAUAUGUUUUACCUUAAUAUAAAAGAAAACUUAGCUGAUAACCAUAUGUGGAUUUCAAUAUUCUUCCGCCCAACCAGCAGCCAUUAUACAAGAUGUCAGAGACUAACAUGUUUCCUGUUAUUUAUUGUUUUAACAAUGAUAGGAAAUGCAAUAUAUUUCCGCGACGAAGACGAGUUUUCAAAUGCUGGAUCAGACAUUCAUGUGGGUCCAUUUUCAUUCACAUUGAGUGCAAUUUAUAUUGCAUUAAUAUCUGCACUUAUUUCAACACCUACCACCGUAUUAGUAAUUUUUAUGUUCAGUAAAAGUAUGCACAGAAAAAGCAAUACUGGAGAUUCUUCACGAAGAUAUAGAGUACCGAUAUUGGAUGUUUGGUUGGAUAGAGUAAUGGCAGAUAGUCAUAAGUUAGAGAAAGCGCUUGUUUCAAAGGGACUUUUCAUUACUGAAAGUACUAUUUUUCCAUAUUGGUUUCAAUAUAUAGCAUGGAUUUUGGCACUUGCUGGUGUAGCAUCAUGUUCCUUCUUCUUGACUCUGUACAGCAUCGAGUGGGGAAAACACAAGUCUCAGAAAUGGCUGGCACAGUUUUCCCUCUCUUUCUUUAGCUCGAUUUGUUUACUGGAUCCAUUAAAAGUUACAAUUAUGUCUGCAAUAUUCGCAAUGUUCGUAAAUCAGAUCAAUAAGUUCAGACCUACAGGACUUGAAAGAUCCUUCAUUCUCAAGAACUACAAGCAAACUUUUGGAUACGAAAAAAACAUACGACUUCCUGCGUCACCACUUAAUCAUUCGUUAAUAGAAAAGGCUCGGAACGAAAGGCAGAAAGAUCUUAAAAGGACGGAAAGUAUAAAACAAGUCCUGUUUACAUGUUUCUGCUUAUGGAUUAUAUAUAGCAUUAGCUACAGUAAUAGGGAUGACAGAUCCUAUAAUUUUCAUCAAAACAUAGCAACAAAGCUACUGACUACUCAAAAUAAAACACUACAGCAAUUUGGAAAGAUAAGGCUCGUCAAUGAUUAUAUAAAAUGGCUGCGAUAUACAGCGUUUCCAGAGUUGUAUCCUGAGACUGAUUAUACCGGAGAACGUUUACAUUGGAGACUUAGACAAUAUUUUAAUGAUUUGACAAGUUUCAGAGUUGGACCACCUCGACUGAGACAACUUCGGGUCACAGAAUCAUCUGAAGUACAUCCGUUUUUAGGAAGCAUUCGAACGAGACCAAAAUACUACUUACCGGUUGAAGAAAACAGAGACUUUUGUUUUGGCUGGAUAAGUGGGAUAUGUGACAAAAUAAGUGAGGCACGUUCAUUUUCGUAUGGUGGGUGGAAAUUCACGAGUGCUAUUGAUAUUUGGGGUAUUCCCAUACCUGGACGUUAUAACACAUACGGAGGUGGCGGAUAUAUAACCGAACUAGCUGUCAACUUAGAUUUUUCCAACAGAACUUUAAAUGAAUUAACAGACUUUUUAUGGAUUGAUAGAAAUACACGAGUCGUUUAUUUAGAGUUCAACUUGUACGCCCCUGAUCUAAACCUAUUCGCAUACAACAUGUUUGUAGCAGAAUUUCCUGAAACAGGAGGAAUAAUAACCUCAUAUUCUAUUUAUCCAUUUCGAAUUUAUUUUCAUCAUGGUACGAAUGGUAUCUACACAUUAAUUUGCGAAAUAAUAUUUCUAUUAAUUUUAGUCGCAUUAACGGGCAAGACCGUGUCACGUAUUACAAAGAAGAGAAAGACCUAUUUCAAAAGUGUCUGGAACAUUCUUGACUGUUGUUGCAUAUCCCUGAGUUUUGUUUGCAUUUCAAUGUAUGCUGGGCGCCAUAUUCUUGCGUCACAAACACUGGAAAAGUUCAAGGCAGAUCCAAAGCAAUUUAUUAAUUUUCAGCAUAUUGCAGUAUCGGACUUGUUGUUUAAUUUGCUGCAUGCUACUCUAUUAUCACUUGCGACAUUGAGAUUAGUCGGUAUUCUAGGCUACGAUAUACGAGUUGGUAAGAUUUUCAUGGUUUUUGAUAAGUGUGCGAAGGAUUUAUUUUGGUUUGGUAUUUUCAUGUUUUAUUUAUUUCUGUGUUAUGCCGCUCUAGGAUAUUUACUAUUCGGAAAAUAUAUUGAAUCAUAUUGUGAUAUAUUUGAAUCUAUGGGAACACUAUUUAUAAGCAUGAUAGGAAAGAGCAAGUUCAAAGAAAUAAAUGAGAAGGAUCCAAUUUUAUCACAAUUUUAUUUCUUUACGUUCAUCCUGCUGAUAGUAUUUACAUUGCUGACAAUAUUUAUGGCCAUCCUCGGUGAGAGUAUAAGUGCAGUACAAACCAUGAAUAAAGGAAACACGGAGGAAGAAUUGAUUAACAGGUUGUGGAAAAAAAUCAAAAAUGUGUUCGUAAAAAAGUUGGACACCACGAAAAACUCCAAAAAGCAACCUUUUCAGAAUACAUGUAUGGAUCUCUUGUACGACGUAAGAAAAGCCUUUAAUGAUUCUGAUGAUUAUAACGAGGUGCCACCAGUCACUACAAACUUCAAAAAGAAAACAAAACGUAUUUUUGAUACCAAUUCGUAGGUAAACAACAUAGCAGAUUAUCUGUCAUCAUUUCAAUGUGAGAGCUUGUUAAACUUAGCCGAAGAAUGAUACGUGCAUGAACAACUUAGUAAAUGGCAGUUGUAUGUCAUGUACAAAGACCUCUCAACGGACAAGCUGGUUUGAUAUCUCACCAAAAGAUUUCACCGAUUCAGUUAUUUCAACUGUAACAGAAUUCAUAUAAACACUAUUUACUUCCCCUAACAUGGUACAUUAUUUGGCUUUCCCCCUAUCAUAAUCAACAUUUCGCUUUUUUGUUCUCUUUUCUAUAACCUGAACUUGCUCACGCCAAUUUGUUUUCAAGUUUUGCAUUAUUGUGAAUAAAAUAUUUUGAUUAUAUAUGGGCGGCAUGUGAACUGCACGUGG